AUGCCGGAAUAUCAACACCCUGCCCACUUCGCUGGUGAUACUUUCGCAGAGAUAUCCGGCGGCAACAAUGGCGGAAAAAACAACAUCCAUGACACUUUUCGUAUGACCGGUGAGGACAUUGAAGCCGAACUCGAUUCGAUCAAUGCCCGGCUUCCGAAUAUGUCUUCGACAGAGGGAAAGACGGCAUUUGGCAAAUUAAAGGAACUCGCUAAGAAAAUCGAAGACAUGACUGCUCGAAAUCAACGGCUGCGAGCAAAACUCGAGAAAAAACUUGUGUUGAAUCACAAUGGCUAUCCAAACCCAAUCCGCAGGGCCUGA